CCCUGGCCUUUUCUGAUAAAUAUUUGGAAGGGGUGAGAGGGACGGCGGUGGGCGUGAAGGCAGAAAGGCUCUUUUUCCUGGUAGGAACACAAACCUUCGGGUCCUUGUUUCCGGAAACAUUCUCUUCGGACCUGGGGAGGGGACCGACUUCCGGCUCUGACUUCCCUGCCUUUCUAGUUUCGAGCUCCACCGCUUCCGCCCAGAGUUGCCCUAGGCUCCGGCUCCGAGCAGCUACUUCCGCCAGGAGUCCCAAGCAGCUCGGUCUCGGAAACUGACCCUAAAGCGGCCUCCUCCUUCUCCCUUCAGCCUGCCCACCUGAGGCCGGGUCCCCAGGUGGCGGCAGAGGCUUGCUGGGCCUGUCGCGGAGCGUUCUCUCGGCCCGAGACCUGGACCUGGGGCACCGGGAGCACAAGAGAGACGCCCGGGCCUGGCCCAGCCGCAGCCCCCAUCUUCCCGCGGCCAGUGACGGUGGCCACAGGCCUCGCCGCGCCCACCCUAGCCUGGGGCGGGGCCCGGCCUCCCCGCCCCGUCCCCGCCCCUCCGGCCUGCCCCGAGCCUGGUCAGUCUGGUCCCCAGCCCUGCGGCGGUGUAACCGCCUCGGACCUCCGGGACUCGGCAGUCCCGUGGCUCCGGCCGCGGGGCAACAUGGAGUUUGCGGAGCUGAUUAAGACCCCGCGGGUGGACAAUGUGGUGCUGCACCGGCCUUUUUAUCCCGCCGUCGAAGGUACCUUGUGUCUGACUGGUCACCACCUGAUCCUGUCUUCUCGGCAGGACAACACCGAGGAGCUGUGGCUUCUCCAUUCAAACAUCGACGCCAUCGACAAGCGAUUUGUGGGACCGCUGGGUACCAUCAUCAUAAAAUGUAAAGACUUUCGAAUAAUUCAGUUGGAUAUUCCUGGAAUGGAGGAAUGUUUGAAUAUUGCCAGUUCCAUUGAGGCACUGUCUACCUUGGACUCUAUCACUCUGAUGUACCCUUUCUUUUACCGACCCAUGUUUGAAGUGAUAGAAGAUGGCUGGCAUUCUUUCCUUCCUGAGCAAGAGUUUGAACUCUACUCUUCAGCUACCAGUGAAUGGAGGUUAAGCUAUGUCAAUAAGGAAUUUGCUGUCUGUCCUUCUUACCCGCCAAUUGUCAUAGUGCCCAAAUCCAUUGAUGAUGAAGCUCUUCGGAAGGUAGCUACGUUUCGGCAUGGAGGACGCUUCCCAGUACUCAGCUAUUAUCAUAAGAAAAAUGGAAUGGUAAUCAUGCGAAGCGGUCAGCCACUCACUGGCACAAAUGGGAGAAGGUGCAAAGAAGAUGAAAAGCUGAUAAAUGCUACCCUCAGGGCAGGGAAACGUGGCUACAUCAUUGACACACGGUCUUUAAAUGUAGCUCAGCAAGCUAGAGCCAAAGGCGGCGGCUUUGAACAAGAAGCCCAUUAUCCCCAGUGGAGGCGGAUUCAUAAGUCCAUUGAGAGGUAUCACAUUCUUCAGGAGAGCUUAAUCAAACUCGUGGAAGCUUGUAAUGACCAAACACAUAACAUGGACAGAUGGCUCAGUAAAUUGGAGGCUUCUAACUGGCUGACUCACAUCAAAGAGAUUCUUACAACUGCCUGUCUAGCGGCUCAGUGUAUCGACAGGGAAGGGGCAUCCAUAUUGAUUCAUGGAACAGAAGGAACUGAUUCCACACUUCAGGUUACCUCCCUGGCCCAGAUCAUCUUGGAACCGAGAAGCAGGACCAUCCGUGGUUUUGAGGCCCUGAUAGAAAGAGAGUGGCUGCAGGCUGGUCACCCAUUUCAGCAGCGUUGCGCACAGUCAGCCUAUUGUAAUAGUAAGCAGAAGUGGGAGUCCCCUGUAUUUCUUCUCUUCUUGGACUGUGUGUGGCAGAUACUUCGUCAGUUUCCCUGUUCUUUUGAAUUUAAUGAGAAUUUCCUCAUCAUGCUCUUUGAGCAUGCAUAUGCCUCACAGUUUGGAACAUUUCUCGGCAACAAUGAAAGUGAAAGAUGUAAGUUAAAGCUGCAGCAGAAAACGAUGUCUCUGUGGUCCUGGGUCAAUCGGCCCAGUGAACUGAGUAAAUUCACCAAUCCUCUCUUUGAAGCCAACAAUCUCGUCAUCUGGCCUUCAGUUGCUCCGCAGAGUCUUCAGCUAUGGGAAGGUAUUUUCCUACGUUGGAACAGAUCCUCCAAGUAUCUGGAUGAAGCAUAUGAAGAAAUGGUUAACAUCAUUGAAUAUAACAAGGAAUUACAAGCAAAAGUAAAUAUCCUUAGGAGGCAGUUGGCAGAACUGGAAACUGAGGACGAGAUGCAGGAGAGUCCAUGAAAGACCUCCCUAUGACCUACGUAAGGACCUUCCUGGACCUGUAUCCACCUCUUUUUCCUUUGGCCCUUCAGUUCACUUUUACAAAGUAGCCUUGAACUUAAGGCUUUAGAUGUGAGAACCCUCUAAAUGUAGUGGAUUUCUCAAUACUUUAUGAAUGAAAUAUACUGUAAUUACUCAUGUUUCAUGUGGCCUGUUAGGCCUCUUUACUUUGGAAGCAGAAAGGAGGUGCUAGUCAUUUUAUUUUAUGUGAAACAGGUGACCUAUUUAAUGCCACUUGCGUUAUAUACCAUUUAUUCUUCUGUGUCUACUUUCCAAACACUGCUCUAGACCGGUCAAGUAUAUGAUUAAUCUCUUUAGGAAAUAUUUGGUAGUUUUAAAAAAGAUUAGACUUUUAAACACUCCAAAUAUAGAAAUAUUUUUCAAAACUGAAAUGGUUGAAAAACCAAGAAUUUUGUGAUUAACAUGCCAUUUCCAAUACCUUUUUCCUUCUCUUUAAAAUAGCUUUGGAUUAACAAAGCUGAAUUCAUUCUCAUUCUGGUUUGUCAAGAAAGGAAAAUCUGAAUAUUUAUUCAAGGUAAAUUAUUUUUGCAAGGGUUAUAGGUUUAAUCCUCUGAUAUUUACGUUAAGAAGUAAAUUUUAACAGUAGACCCGUAAAAGUAUGUGCAAUAGAGAAACAAAGUAGGAAUUUGUUACUGAUAUGGUAUUGUUACUGUUGAAUUGAUUUUUCAGGUUUUUGAGAGUACAUAAUAAAGUGCAUAUCAAAUGCUGGAUAUCGUAUUAAACCAUCAUUUAGGGUAGAUGUUAAUUUGUUAUAAUUAAGCUACAAAUACGGUUUCCUUAAACCAGAGAUGCACUGCCCUUAUCUGAAAUUCUUAUUGCACUGGUUUAUGUAUCUGUGUUUGUUAAGUUUUAUUGUGUCUUAUUUUUAAGUAUUCUGAGAGUUUACUAAUACUAAGCUUAAAACUUUCAUGUUGGCUUGAGCCUUUUGAACAUUUAUCUGGAUUCUGCUGAUUUGUCCAUUAUAUGUUAGGCAAAUCUACUUGAAGUGGAGGUGAAAGUUUAUGAACAUGACAAAGCUAUGUUUUAAACUUCAGAAACAGAUUGAAAUGUUUCAAUGUUAUGACCGUAUGCUAUGCUAGUUCAUGCCUGCUACUCUAAAAGUCUGUGGUUCAGUUCUUUCUGUAUACAUUUGUUUUGUGACACUGUUUAUUUUAAAAAAGACUAUGAAUUCUAGUUUUCCAUUAAAAGGAUAGUUGAAGAAUAAUGUUUAAUACUAUUUCCACCCCAUCUGUAUAUAACCAUUUCAGUGUAAAGCACACCAAAACUGAACCCUGCUUUAGAGCUGUGUAUUAAGCUAAAAAUAUAAUUUUAAAAAAUCACCUCUAGCAUCAUCUAUGGCCACAUUCAGAAGCCUUAGAAAGUAGCAAAGUACUUUCUAUCUCCAGUUGCCCAAGCUUCAUCUUUUUUUUCUGUUUUCUCAGACUUGUAGCAAAAGGCUUGGAAAACCAUGCGUAUCAGAACUCUCUUUUGGUAUAUUUGCCUGCCUUCUCCUUCAAGCCCAUAUUUAUUCUCUUAUUUUCUUGGCUAUAGUUAUGAGUUUCCAGGCAUGAAAGCUCUCACAAAAAGGCUAAGGCAAGGAGCAAAGGAAAUCAUGCUCUCAGUAUCUCUGUAUUGUACAAAAUGUUUAUAUUAAUACUUUAAAAGAGGAAAUAUCCUAGCUUUUUUAUCACCCCUCAAAAUUGCUUUCUGCAUUUGUUCAUGCAGCUGACCUUUUUGUUUUCUCCUAUUUUUGUCUCAAGAGUAGAUAUGAAGGAGCCUUUUUCUUCUCAGCUAACAGAUCCAUAAGGAAAAACAUUUAGAGAGUUUUCUUUUUUAAGUGAUUCUUUAGAAGUGACUGCCACUGAUGAUAUUGAUUGGCCAUAGGACUUCUGUGGGUGGAAGUUUUUAUUAGGCUUGAUCAUGGAGAAAUUGUAUGCCAUCGAUUUUUACCUGUCUUCCUGAUGAACGUUUUAUUUGUGAGCCAGAGUCCAAUAGUAGAAUAGUGUUUCAAUUUUUUUUUUUUUUUUUUCUUAUUGAGACAACAAUCUUAAGCUGUUUGGACAAGUUUGCAUUUUAGUACUAAUUUAUAAUUAAGGGUUGUAACCUUCAGUUCCGUUUAUAGGUCAUAAAAACAAACUUUGGUAUCCAUUUUCAAAGGGGACAUCUAAUGCAAAUAUUAGGAUUUUCCCAAACUCAAGAACCAUGUCAAAAGUACAUUAUCAAUAUAAUUUAAAGAGGGGUUUUAGUAAUACUAUGAAGUUACUCAUCCCUUGCAUGAAAAGAAUAUAUACAGUGGAUAUACUCAUGAGAAAAUACUUACUAAACAUUAAGUUUGGAGAAUCAUCUUUGAUAAACGUGGCUUUAAAAACUUUAAUGAAGGGGCUCCUGGGUGGCUCACUAGGUAAGUGUCCUACUUUGGCUCAGGUCAUGAUUUUGUGGUUCAAGCCCUGCAUCAGGCUUUGUGCUGACAGCUCAGAGCCUGGAGCCUGCUGCAGAUUCUGUCUCCCUCUCUCUCUCUGCCACUCCCCUGCUCGCUCUCUCUCUCUCUCUCUCUCUCAAAAAUAACAUAAAAAAAAAAAAAACUUUAAUAAAGAGAGUGGUGGCAGAAUUAGCAAACAAAUUGCCCCACAGGAGCCAAUAAUAAUCAAGUGAGAUAUAAUCAAGUUUAUGUAUAUUAAGCAUACUAUAAAUGAAUGCAUAGUAAAGCCUGGCUUACAUUUUUGGGAUGCAAAUGAAGGUCCUACAAAGAAUACUUUAAAAAUACAAAAGAUUGCUAAAGUCCUCUGUCAGCAAUACAAGGAUCCUUAGAUUUUAAAUUAACAAUUUUUGUAGAAAUCAGAAGAACAUAGUGGGUUGUUAAGACUUUGAAACUUUUUGGGUGGUAAGACUUUUCAGUAAUUAAUUGAUCAGAAUUUUUCAUUCUGUUUUUAUUAAAUGGGAACAAAAGCAGAAAUUAUAAAAUUUAGCAGGAUUAAAACACUUAAAAAUGGAUGUUACUUCUAAGAAAAAUUAGGCUUUGAAGCAAGAGUUCAAAGUGAUUUUGGGGAAAACUUUGGAAGACAACAGAUUAGAAUCAUUUCAGAUCUCAUAUGGGUAAUUUAAAAGCUUUUCUUUGAACUCUGAAUCCUGAUUUAAAGAGGUGAUAUGUCAUUGCUUUUCAUUUUAAAGGAUGAAAUUUAGCGAUAUUUUAGUCUUUGAUUCACUCAUUAUUUAUGUUACAUAAAAAAAUCAAUGUCAUGGAAAAGAUCUGACCAGUAGUUAUCUCUUAAAGUGAAAAAUAGAAGGAACAUUUUGCUGCAUUUAAAAAAAAAUCUGCUUAAAGAUGUAACUCUUGGGACGCCUGGGUGGCUCAGUCCAUUAAGUGUCCGACUUUGGCUCAGGUCAUGAUCUCACGGUUCAUGAGUUCAUGAGUUUGAGCCCUGCGUCGGGCUCUGUGCUGACAGCUCGGAGCCUGGAACCUGCUUCAGAUUCUGUGUCUCCCUCUCUCUUCACCCCUCCCCUGCUCAUGCUUUCUUUCUCAAAAAAAAACAAAAACAAAAAAGAAAGAAAGAAAGAAAAAGAACAAAAGAAA